AUGUUGCACAUCUUGCCACUUGCGACCAGGCGUAAGGCACCGACUAAGCCUCGUUUGGUCCAGUGCGAGGAGGGACAACACGCGGAAUCAUCGGCCAUGGCUAUGAAGAGGGCCUCUCCUCCGCAGAAGCUAUCUCGGUGGACGUCCCCGCCCCGAACGGUCCUCCUCGUCCAGAAACCGGACGACGAGCGUACCACGCAGGCUAUGGGUCUUGUCCUAUCCCACCUAGCCAAGACGGCACCGCACCUGAACCUGCUCGUCGAGCCACAUACGGCGCGCGAUCAUCCCUCACACGCCGAUAAGUUGACGGUGGUGGAGCAAGGGGAUGAGCCUUUGCUGGAGCGGUGUACGGACUUGGUGGUCACAAUAGGAGGAGAUGGGACGAUAUUGCAUGUGUCACAUCUGUUCGCUGGAGGGGAAUGUCCGGCGGUAUUGAGCUUCUCAAUGGGGACGCUGGGGUUCCUGCUGCCCUUCCAUAUCGAUACCUUAGCUCCCGCGUUGGAGAUGACCCUCAACGGGCCAGUAUCUAUCCUGCAAAGGAUGCGAUUGGCUUGUACGCCGUUGUCGGCAGACGGCGAGGUACUCCCUUGUACUGGAAUCGUCGGCCAAGCUGGUAUCCAGGUCAUGAACGAGGUCACGCUCCAUCGGGGACAGCAUCCUCACCUCACCGUAAUAGAUGCAUACUUUGACGAGCAGCACCUCACAGAAGCAGUCGCUGACGGGCUCCUCCUCUCCACUCCGACCGGCUCGACUGCCUACUCUCUUUCUGCGGGCGGACCUAUAUCGCAUCCCGAAACAGACGCAUUCCUGCUCACUCCGAUAGCACCCAGAAGUCUGAGCUUCCGGACCGUCGUAUUGCCAGGUCGGGGAUCAGUGCGGCUCGAGAUCUCGACCUCUUCCCGCUCUCCAGCUGAACUGUCAAUAGACGGACGGCAGAUUUGCCACCUCAGGCCGAAAGAAUCAGUUGUCAUCUCCAAAUCUCCAUACCCCAUCCCUUGCGUAGAGAGGAGCGAAGGCGGAACGGGAUGGGUCAGGGACAUCAACUCGCUGUUACAGUUCAAUACGGGGUUCAGGAACAAAUCCCUCAUGGGUCACAGCAUUGCUUAG